UUUUGUUGUGUUGAAAAACGUCACUGCGUGUCAUUCUUUCUGUUUUUAUUCACCAGCAAAUUCGUCGUAAUAAUAAUCGUUUGUACUCGUAGCAUUUUACUAAUUAGCGAUGGGUGAUUCCGACAGUGAAGAAUUUGCAAGUGCAGAUGAAGAUUUUGAAGAGAUUGAACCGGACGAGCUGGAAGAGGUGCUGCAAAGCACAAAACCGUCGGAUGUAUCGUCAAAAAAAACAAGGCCACAGCAUGCAUCAUCGACAAAAUCUGCCAACAUCGACGUGGAGCCUGCAAGCAAAACUAUCAACGAGGCCAAUGAUAAUCAACUGGUGGAUGAAGCAUGUUCCCAUGAAGAAAGUAACACUUGCACUCCACAGAAGCCUACUUCGACCGACUCAAACGCGAACAGUGAAGAAAAAGGCCUAGUUAAGCCGAAGAUUUUGGAGGAAGCAACCGAUACAUCGCAGGUUCAAUCUGCAGGUUCCUUGGCGGUCAAGAAAGACAAAGAGAACUUGGAUACAGAUCCUAAGCUUCCAAAACAUGUUGCUUCAAAAGAAACAUUGACAGAAAACGCCAAACAAGAGCCACCGUUGGCGCAAUCUAGCACUGAAAAUGAGAAGCCCGAUGAAAAAGACGUUCAAAAUAAGCCAAUACCACCAAUUACUACACCCGAAGGAAAUAGUUCGUACAAGUCCAAAAAGCUUGUGCUUAAACCAGCCAAACCACAGCUGUUGGAACAGACAGACGCAAAAGUAGAAGAACACGUGGCGAAAGUUCAAGAAAAAAGCAGCAAAGAAGAGGGCAAAUCUGGAACAGAUGAAGGAUGGGAUGACUUUGAUGACGAUUGGGGAGAUUUUGCCGUUGAAGGUGGUGGUAAUGUACCGGGUAAAACUGGUGACAACCAGAAGACGAAUUACGAUACCCAACCGCUUAGCAAAAUAGAAAAGUCUUCGACGGUGGAUAAUUCAACGAAAGCUAGCUUCAAAGAUGUGGACAUCGAUGAGGUUGAACACAAGCUGAAGGAUUUUAUGAAGCAUAAGGACGAUCCCCCUUUAACGUCCGUUCUUGAUCGACUCUCGAUGGGAGGAGACAACAGGACAGCUGGCGAUGCCGGACAGUCGUGGGGCAGCUGGAAGCCAUCAUGGGGCGGUACCGCAGUUUCCUUCUUAUCGAACGCAUCGAAAUCAGUUGCCUCGAUUACAACCAACAUUACGCAGGUGAUCGAAUCGGGUAUUGGCGUACCAAACCCGGAAGAAAUGGCCCGUCGUCAAGCCGAGGCAGAAGCUAAGCUAAAAUCGGAGGGAUACGUUCGCGAGGAAGCGGAAGCGAACGAGAAUGCACCUUCGGCUGAAAGGCAAACGGAAGAUCGAUUCGGCUUCGACCAGCUCGUUUCGGGCGUGACACAGAUUAGCAGCAAGGUUAUCACGGGCGGUUUGGAUACACUCGAGGGAAUCGGAAAGAAAACGAUGACCAUUUUACAAGAGAACGAUCCAGGAUUGUUGAACAAGCGAAAGCUACUCGGUUUGCAGCCGAACGACGGUGUGGUGUUGAGCCAGGUUCUUCGGGAGGCAAAGGCAAAAACGGAAGAACGUGAACGUAACCUUAAGCAAAUCCAGAAGCAUCAAUAUAAGAAAAAGCUUCACUUUGAAACACUGUUCGACGAUUAUCAUGGGUUGGUGCAUCUGGAGGCACUUGAAAUGCUUUCCAAACAAGCAUCUUUGAAGCUGGAAUCUCUGAUGGCACCACUGACGGGAAAAGCACUCGAGGAGCUUCAAGAAACCAUGAGCGAGGUGAAGGAACUGUGCGAACUACCCGAAACGGACAACGACGAUGCGGAUGGGUUGCACACGGCGGAUGAGCUGGAUGCAAAACUGAAGGAAACCAUCGUUGAUCUUGAUCCGAACGUUAAAGUAGACUUUGUCGAGAUCGUUAAGAGUUGGACAGAGUACACAGAUUGGAUUGAUAACGGAGACGGUGGGCGAACAGGACAGGAUGUGUUUGAAAAGGCGAUGCGUGCGUUGGCCCAAACGACGGCCCUGUGCGUGUUGCGGAUGCACAAACUGGCGGAAAUUCUACUUAUCAGUGAACAUCACAGUACGGCCACUGAAGCCGAUGUGCUGGUACAGUUAACGACCGUUUUCUGCUGGCAUCUAAGCGGCGUUGCAACCAGAUUCUGCUCGGAGCUAACGAAAAUGAAAGAUGAGUCCGGGGAUGAUAACGACAGUGCGCUUAUAACCAAUAUAUUCUUAGAGGGUUCAAACAGCACAUCAUACGUUCAGAAUGCGUUUCACCUUUUCAUUCCGAUCUUGCAAUUGGGUGCGGCUUGAAGCCAAUGUUGCCAUCCUUAAAGUCACACUUCCGCGAGCAUUGCAAGCAUCACCAAGCUGGAUGUUAAAUUUCCUUACAUUGAUCGCUUCGAAGCCACCUCGUCGUUAUAUUAUACUAAACGAUUUUUAUUGGAUAAAUAUACAUACAAAAUAUAAA